AUGGCUGCAGUAUCUACACGAUUCGCUCCUCUGCCACUUACACCGUGUCAAUCAUCUCACCAAGCUUUUACUUCUUACACAGACUUCGAAGAGCCCGAAAAUUACUCGCUCGACGACUUUGUCCGGGACGUAAAAGCCCAUCUCGGUGAGGAGGGUGGCAUUGGCUGCGAGGAUAUAGAUGAGGACUACCUCAUUUCCUUGGCCAAGAAAUACACAUCAAACCCUAACGACUGGGCACGCUAUUAUCACAACUGCCCAGAAAAGAACUACACACGCAAUGCAAUUGUCAACAUCAACCACAAGGCCAAUAUUCUCUUAUUAGUCUGGAACCCCGGAAAAGGAUCACCAAUUCAUGACCACGCCAAUGCCCACUGUAUCCUCAAAGUGCUGGCAGGCGAGUUGACAGAAACCAUCUACAACAUGCCCGAGAAGGGUUGUGAGGAGCGUCCUCUAUCAAUCAAGAGCGCCAAUACCCACCAAGCCGAUCAAGUCACAUAUAUCUCAGACGACAUUGGUCUUCACCGGGUACAUAACCCUCAUCCUACCCAAGUGGCUGUUUCUUUGCACAUAUACACGCCGCCAAAUGCAGCUGAUAUCGGAUAUAAUGUCUUCGACGAGUCCACGGGUCGUGCAAGCUUUAUGGCAAAAGCCGAAGCUCGCUAA